UGACUCAACACAAAAGUCCAGUGAUGGUGUCAACAUUAUCGAGCUGAUUUCGAUCGCUUUUUUUCGCAUGGAUCACAUCCAUAUUACAAUUCAAUAGCCUUUUCAUCAAAACAAGUUAUUUAAUCUUAAAAUAUUUGAAAUCAUGGCAGCCAAUUCUGUAAAAUUGUAUAUUUAUGAGUUAUCCAACGGUCUGGCUCGACAGAUGUCACCAUUGCUUCUUGGAAAGCAGAUCGAAGGCAUAUGGCAUACUGGAGUCGUUUGUUUUGGAAAAGAAUUCUACUUUGGAGGUGGWGGGAUAGAGUAUUGCUUACCGGGUGGUACAAUCCUUGGCGAACCUGAUAAUAUCAUUGACCUUGGAGAAACACAAAUACCAGAAGAAGUGUUCACUGAAUUCAUUAGAGGACUUAAUGCUGAAUCAUUCAGAGCUGACAAAUACCAUCUAUUUGACCACAACUGUAACAAAUUUUCAAAUGAAGUCACCUUGUUUCUUACUGGCAAGAAGAUUCCUAAACAAAUACGUAAUUUACCUCAUGAAAUUGCCAACAGUGCAUUUGGACAAAUGAUUAAGCCAAUCAUUGAAUCCAUGACUGUGACUCCUGGUGGAGGUUCAUCUGUCAACAGUAGUGCAACACAAGGCUCRUCUCAAGCAAAAAACCAUGGCACAGGAAGCUCUUCUGCAGGAUCGUCAAGCACAACAAACCCUGAGUCCAUCUUUGAACCCAGGGAAAGCAAUAACUCUGCAACCAGUGAGCCAUCUACCAAUCAACCAACAAYKUCUUCUCCUGUAUACUUCCAAGCAAAAGAUGUUCAACAAGACAUCAARAUUAUUAAAGAGGUUUUUAAGGGAUGUAAAGAUGAAAGACGUUAUGUUGUGGUGCUUGGUGAUAUGGAGAAAUUGUUAAUGAAAGGAAAAAGUAUUACCAUUACAGACAACUAUAUGCUUUGUAUAGAGAGCAUUUUCCAGGAGCUUAGUGAAAAAGACACUAAAAUAAAUGUACUUGAGUUACUGAAAGCUCUGACAUUAGAAAAKACUUUUGUCAACCAUUCAAAAGKUUUAGAUGUUGUUAKCUCUGUGAUAAACAAUCUCUUAGAAUGUGUUUCCACACAAGAWGCAAGCAGUUCUGUUGCCUCAAUACAAGUACUGUGUAAUUUCAUAAGCACUAAGACUGGGCAUGAGGUACUUGUAAAGAGCAAGACUCRGACAAACCURACUUCAGUYGUYGUAACUUGUCUUUUGCAAGAGGAUCAAGAGAGCAUCUGCAAAGCUGCAUCAGAGUUGGCAUUCAAUGUUGCAAGAUAUACGGUUCCUGAGGAUAUUGCUCUUGAAUAUGCUACAGCAGUUCUUGAAGUGACAAAUAGAAAAAUUGAUACAGACACAAUUUAUAAUCUUCUGUUCUCCUUUUGCCAAUUCAUGAAAUGCAGCUCRGAGGUGUCUGGUCURGCACAAGCUUUAGGGAUAGAUGUCAAUCAAUAUGUUGGCCAAUCAGAAGACAUUGAUGAGCUAUGUAAUGAGAUCAAAGCUUUGAUGAAACAGUAGCAAACUCAUCUAUUGACAAGAACUUCAUUUUUAUCUGACAAAACGUGUAUUGGAUUACCUGUGCUAUUUCAAAAAGAGGAGUACUAGGCAAUAGAACAAUCUUGUCUAAUUGCUUCUUUCUUUUAAGAAGAGUUCCCAAGUCGGGCUUGUGUAAUACACCAAUAGCCGAUUUGCGAAUUUCGCCUCGAUUGUCAAACACAAAAAAAUCAAGACGAGGCACCGUUCAUGAAGCUCCCUCAAUCGUGAAAAACAACUUUUGUCUUUUCUCGAAUGGCAGAAGUUAAUGCACGGAGCAAAAUUUUCAAGUCGGUCAUUACCAUUGUYAUGGGUGUAAUUUUUAUUAUUAUGAACAAUGGAUAUUUAUUUAUCAUUUUUGACGAGAUUUCAUAAAUUACAGAAAUUGACUCAGAACGUCAAUAAACGCUAAUUCGAGAUAUYUGACUUUUUUAAGUAUUUAUCCAUGAUAUUCAAUCGUGUUUUUCAAGUGAUGAUGAUAURAAUCAAUAUUUAGUCGAAAGUUUUCAAUGUUUUUAAAGUGUGGUUCUUGAUAAACAUUUUGUUUUAGAAUCAUGUGACCAAUACAAAUAYAAGCUUUAUUAAAGGUUCACUAGCAUCCGAAAACCUUUGCGGUCGUUUKCUGCAAAUGUCUAUUGUUGAAAGUUGCUUUCUGAUUGAUUCAAAGACCAUAGAUGUUGACCUUUGGCAUUUGAGAAAAUCGCGCGACGGUUCUCGGAUGCACUUGCACUUGUUUCUUGUGAUGAAUAACGGUAAAUCAAACACCGGRAAAAAAAACAACUUACCAAGGUUUCGGUCCUUGUUCCUUCGUUGACAUUCCUCAGGAACCCAGAAGUAAUCUUUUGUCGAUGAUGUUCGUCGAAGUUCAGCCAAAAAAAGGAGCGACGCCUCUAAGUUUCCUUGUAUAAUUUAUCAUUAUGUAUCACAAUUUUAAACGAAAAAAGUCUUAUAAUAAUUAGUCUUAGAGACAAUAAAUGGCUUAGCUUUGCCUUUCAA